UGUGUUGGUAUCAGUGCAUUUGAAAAUGUGCUGGUUCAUGAUCUAUUGUUGUUCUGUUACUAUAGAAACUUCAUGGAACUGUUUCUAUGUUGGAACAUGGAACUUGCGGAAAACUAAAUCUUUUUACUUGGUCAUAGUCCCUCAUAUCUAGCUCCAGAAUAAUCUAUCUCUUAUCCCCUUUCAGGUGAUAACAGUGCUUUGGUUUAGUUUUGUUGUUUGUUUGUUUGUUUUUGUUUUGUUGCUGUUUUUUCUUUUCCCCCACUUUGGAAGUGAAGACAGCCUUUUACUUCUGUAUCAAAAACACGUCAGACACUAGGCGGGCAUUCUUACAUUUGACAAACAAUCAAGUGAACUACCAGAGCUCACAGAACCCCGAGAGAAUAAAGAACUAGGCUGGCAUCAGGGCGCUUGAGUUGUCCAGCGGUUAGCGUAGGUAGCACCUGCCCCCUCGAGACAGCAUGCCCUAACUGUUACCAAGUAUUCUACACGGAGACUUCCACAAUCAGCUAUGACUGGGCCAAGAGGGAGAGCCCAGAACUCAGGCUCAGUGCCUUUCCUACUCCCCCACCCCCAUUCUCUAAACUGGUCAGAAAGACUCAGCCUACCAUGUGCGCCAAGGUCCCCAAAGCUUGUUCCUUCAGAAUCCCCACCAAGCCCCCUCUGCAGUCAACAGCGCCUCUGUAUCUGGGGUGCCUCCAAGUCUCACCUCCUGGGAGAAGAAGAAAGCUGAGAAGUUCAAAGUUCGCAGGGGAGUGCGACCAGAGGCCAGGUGAACUCUAAAAAGCAGGAGCAGCCACACAAGCGCCAGCGGGGUCCCUUGGGGUGCAGCACUGUGGCACGGACUCCGGUGCCAUACGGAACCAACAAGGUUCCACGUUGAGCUUUCUCUUUUGUGGAUCCAGUGCUAGACGUGUUCACCUAGCAGGGUGGGCUAAGUGGGAGGAUGAGAGGAAUCUGGGUCCCUCCCCUCGUCCUGCCUCCGCCUUGCUGCCCAAGGUGAGCCCUUUUGCACGGUCAUUCCCACAGAGCCCAAAGGGCACAGAUGGCAGAUGGUACACCCCAUUGGCCGUUCUAGAGAGGUUCCAAGGCGGUUGGGCAGUGGGGACAGGUUCCCAGAACAGCGCUGGUCUUCAUCCGGCCAAGAGGGACAGCGAACCUGGAGCUGUGGCCCCAAAAGAUUGCUAUCUAACUGCCAAUUAGAUUUUAGAAGGACUCUUAAAUGAGGGAAGGUUCUGACAAGUGCUUCAGCAUGAAUGAAUGAAGACAUCACACUAAGGGAAAUAAGGUGCCAUCAACGUACUGCUCGUCAAUUCCUUAGGUGCCCCGAGAGUCUGAAAAAUGGCAGCAGCGGUGAUUGUCCGACUGAUCCCUAAGUUGCACUCGGUGGUCAGCAGGGAAUCUGGCUACUACGUUGGCCGACAGCUGUGGUUUGGGCUGGUUGUCUUGUAUGGCAUGGUGUUGUAUGUGGCCCACAUGCCCUGGGUCCACAUCAAGGAAGAUUUCAUCUGCAGUGGAAACAUCACUCUGCCCUGUCUGAUUAAGUGUUUCGAGAAAAGGUUUUCCGUUCCUGUCUUGGGAACGUGGUACUUCUUCUACUUCAUGUUCAUAGCACUCUUAUGUUUUGUGGAAGUCUUCAUGGCUCGGCUCCGGCAGAAGGAGGUCCAGGUGAUGAAGUUCAUGGUGCCCAUGAUGUCCGUGCCAACGGACUUAGAGGAAGGCUCAAUGGUGCCGGGGAAGAAGCUGAAACCCUCCUGGAAGAGAUCGAUCCUGAACUUCCACCAGGAGAAGAUGCUUCUGCUUCUGUACCUCCUGUACUUCCUGCUGCAGGCCACCUCCCAGGGCACAUUUUUAUUCCUCCUCUUGUUUCAACAACGUCCCCUGGUGAGUCAUGGCAGCACCCACUGCAGCACCAGCAGCUGUCCUGGCCCCUACCGCUGCCUCACCAGGUCCUCAAUGGAGAAGAAAAUGUCCAUCUACCUCCUCGCCACCUUGUCCGCCUCAAUUGUCAUCCUUGGCACAAGUUUCUUUGCAUAUGGCAUCUACCACUAUCUGCUGAAGAACCGUGCCACUUCCAGGGUGCAGAGUUCUUGAUAUCCAUGAGAGACAAUACUUUUCUUCUUUAAAAUCCUUUCUCUCUAACAUAAGGAAGUUUAUGUUCUUCAAUGAUAUAUAUAUAUAUAUAUACAUAUAUAUAU